AUGGGCCCUCUUGGAAAUCCCAAUGGAGCAUCCGCAGACGAAUGGACGGCCCUCAGAAAGCAGUUACACGAUGUAUUCGCGACAACCGGCUUCGCCUACCUCAUCAAUGUGUCCUUGACGUUCAACCUCGCCGAGCCGAACGUCUGGCCAGAUGAGAGUGUUCUUCCAGCUCGACCCAACUUCGAAACUCUCUACGUCGAGCUUUAG